AUGCCUUUUGACCAGCUCAGGUCCUCUCCACUGAAAAACAUGGGGUUGUUUGUUGUAAUCUUUUCAGCUCUUCUGCUGAGUGGGUUUUGCAGAGGAGGACCAGCCACUCUAACACCUGAGUCAGGCACCUGCUGGGUCAUGGGCAAUCUCCACUACACCUUUGAUGGCAAUUAUUACACCUUCAUGGGCAACUGCACCUACACCUUGGCCAAGAACUGCCAUGUCAGUGGGACCCUCCCGGCCUUUGAGGUGGAGACAAACAACUUGGGUAACAUACAGGUCCAAUCAGCAGGGACAGUCACCAUCAAUGUUUAUGGGAUCAACAUUGCUAUGGUUGGCUCUGAGUUUGGUGUUGUCCGGGUGAACUAUCAACAAUGGAAUCUCCCCUUCAACUUGAACAAUGGCCAGGUGAAGCUUUCCCAGACAGGUCUGUUUGUCAUCAUGGAGACAGAUUUUGGCCUGAAGGUGCAGUACGACUGGAACGAGUACCUCGCCGUCACAGUGCCCGGCAGUUUUGCUGACAGCGUGUGUGGCCUGUGUGGCAACUUCAACAACAAAAAGGAAGAUGAUCUCACAACUCCCAGCGGUUCAGUGGCCAGCAGUGUGGCAGCGCUGGGAAAGAGCUGGCGGGUUCCCGGUGCGGCAGAUGAAGCCCAUUGCCAGGAUGAAUGUGUUGGCCAGUGUGGAAACUGUCCUCUCAGUGAAGUUCAGAAGUUAGAAAACCAAAUCUUCUGUAGCGCCCUUUUACAAGAUGUUGUUGAAUACGCAGGUUGUCAACCUCAAAUUGACUCCAGUGUCUUUCAAAGCAACUGCAUGCUUGACCUCUGUCAGGGUGAAGCUGUGAACACGUAUCUUUGCAACACUAUUCAAGGCUUUGCUGACAUCUGCCAGAGGUCUGGGGUCCAAGUUCCCAACUGGAGGACUUCUACUCAAUGUCCUACACCCAAGUGCCAGGAAAACAGCCACUAUGAGUUCUGUGGGAGUGCCUGCCCUGCUACAUGUGCAAACCCAAACACUCCCACAAAAUGCAACGCCACCUGUGUGGAGUCGUGUGUCUGCAAUGAUGGCUUUGUGCUCAGUGGCACCAAGUGUGUCCCCAAGUCUCAGUGUGGCUGCAUGUACGAGGGUCACUAUGUGGAAGCCGGAGCCUCCUUCUGGGGUGGUGAGAGCUGCACCAAGCGCUACACAUGCUCUGCUGGUGGAAGUUUGUCUUUGAAUCAGACUAGCUGUCCCGCCGGGCAGCAGUGCCAGGUGGUCCAGGGGAUCAGAGGUUGCUAUCUUGUCAACUACGCUACAUGUAUGGUAUCUGGUGACCCACAUUUUGUGACCUUUGAUGGGCAGCGCUACAACUUCCAGGGCACUUGUGCUUAUCAGAUGGCUGGUGUCUCCAAUCAAACCAGCCUGGAACGUUUUAGUGUUGUGUUGCAGAACAAUGGCCAAGAUAAGAAGAUCGGGUCUGUUGUCAAGCUGGUAGAGGUCAAUGUGUACGGGUACACCAUUGUCAUCAGCAAAGAGCAUCCUGGCGCUGUUGUGGUCAAUGAUGAGCUCUUCAGUCUCCCUUUGAUGCUGGACAGCAAUAAACUCCACCUUUACAUGAGUGGUUGGUUUGCUGUAAUUGAAACAGACUUUGGAGUGAAGGUGUACUACGACUGGAACAGCGUGGCGUUUGUCAUCGUUCCCAGUACGUACUCGGGCGUGAUGGAAGGCCUUUGUGGCAAUUACAACCUCAACCCAAAAGACGACAUGCAGAUGAGAGAUGGGAAACAAGCCGUCACUUCAGAGGAGCUCGGUCAAAGCUGGAAAGUCGGCACAAUCCCCGGCUGCGUGGACGGCUGCAGUGGCCCCUGCCCUGGCUGUAACGCCACUCAGAAAGCAACGUACAACAGCAACAGUUACUGUGGCCUCAUCAGCGACCCUGCAGGCCCGUUCCGUGACUGCCACUCCAAGGUCGACCCCGCAGGUUUUCUUAGUGACUGCAUAUAUGAUGUCUGUCUUUACCAAGGUAGCGGGAACAUGCAGUGCAAGACUUUGACUGCCUACACAGCCGCCUGCCAGUUAAAAGGUGCCAUAGUAUACUCCUGGAGGUCAUCUCAGUUCUGUGAUGCCCAGUGUCCAUCAAACAGCCAUUAUGAGCUCUGUACCAGCGGAUGUCCCAGAUCAUGUCAGGCAGACUCCACACUAUCAAACUGUGGAUCUCAGUGCAUGGAAGGUUAUGUCUGUGAUGAGGGUUACCUUCUUAGUGGAGAUGAAUGUGUGCCUGCCAACCAGUGUGGCUGCAUUUCUGAAGGCAAAUACUACCAGGAUGGACAGGUUUUCUACCCCGAUGCCCUUUGCCAGAAGGAAUGCACCUGUAACGGCACAGUAAGGACGAGGAGAAUUGAGCGGGACUAUGAACUACGAAGGAGCGAAGGAGCAACGCAUUUUGAGCACUCAUAUUUUCCUCAUGCUUAA